AAGAGCAGAGCAUUGAGGAAUUACCCCUGCGGGAAACCAUGGGCUGCAACAUGUGUGUCGUGAACAGGCCAGAGGAACAGUACAGAAUCAUGUUUCAGAAGGGAAACACCAUGCGUCCCAUUGAUGCAGAAGUAAAGCUGAAAGGCAGGAGAACAACUCACCUGUCCCAGGACAAAGAUGGACAGCCCCGUGACCCUUUGCUCCUUCAGGUGGUACGUAAGGGUCACAGAAGGAGAUUGGGAACGGCUGCUGGCACAACUCGCCUCAUGGCCAUCACAGACUGCAUGGACAAUGGCACCCAGACUGACAUCAGCUUUCAGGACUAUCUGAGUGGGGACAGAGGAUCUUACCCCAGCAGUGAAUCACCAAUGCCCCCACCCUCCCCUCCUAUCGCCCAUAUGGCGGAGCCAUACCUGCUCAAUGAUCUCUGUUCUCUGGGACAGGAAUAUAACGAUACAAAUGACUACUUUAAUGUUGCCACCCAUGAAGUGGAGCAACGGGAAGAGCUGGAAUAUGAGGAAGUGGAGCUGUAUAAGUUGAGUCAGCAAGAUAAAUUGGGGCUAACAGUCUGCUACCGCACAGAUGAUGAAGAGGACCAGGGCAUUUACAUAGGGGAGGUAAAUCCAAACAGCAUAGCAGCAAAAGAUGGAAGAAUCAGAAAGGGUGACAGAAUAUUGCAGAUUAAUGGGGUUGAAGUUCAGAACAGAGAGGAAGCGGUUGCCAUUCUGACCCGCGAGAACAGCAACAACUUCUCAUUACUGCUGGCCAGACCAGAGAUAGAGACUGAAACACAUCUGGACCCUGAGGAGCUCGAUUGUGAAUUACCUGUAGGGAUGAGUGUGGACAGCCUUAAUACCUCACCCCUUUCCGGCCUGUAUCACAUCCGCCAACAGAGAACCCAAGCAGGCAUUCCUGAGGAACAUCAAGACAGGCCCGUGCUCAGCCUGGCCGCCCUCAGCAACAGCCAGGAGCUCGACAGCGGUGUGGGCCGAACCGACGAGAGCACAAAAAACGAAGAGUCCUCCGAGCACGAUAUUCUUCUGGGCGACGAGCAGACCAGCACCUCCAACACGAACAGCACCAACACGCCCGGCAGCUUGCGCAAGUUCAGACCUGGCAGGAGCGGAGGGGGGAGCGAAACUCCAUCUCCUCUCUUUCCUCUCAGAGAACUGCAUCUUAGUACAGACUCGCUGGACUGCGGCGUUGUGGGCGGCGGAUACCUUCACGAUCCCGUCAGUGGCAUGAUUAUGCCAGGCUUAACCGAAGAGGAAUGUGAGAGGUACAAGGAGCUUCUGGAUAUCAAGUGUCGAUAUGAGAAGAGGAUGAAAAAGGUGCAGGAGGAGCAGCAGAACCAAGAGGAAGAAGGAGGUGAAGAAGAGGAGGCAGUCCUUGAUGAGAACUGUAAUGAGAGCUUAACGCCGCACGAGAUGGCGCUUUUGGAUGAGGAGAUGAGGCACCUUGAGUUCAAGUGUCGGAAUAUUUUGAGGGCUCAGAAGAUGCAACAGUUAAGAGAGCGCUGUUUGAAAGCAUGGCUCAUGGAGGAAGAAACAUCUGGAAGGGCGUCUGCCGAACCACAGGGUUCUCCGUUGCACGGGCUGUCUGACAUCAACGAACUACCCGAGAAAGAGCGUUCGGACAGCACCAGCGCGUACAACACUGGAGGAGAGAGUUGCAGGAGCACACCCCUGGUGAGUGAGCACCGACUUCCUGUUUCUUUGGUAGACGAGUCCACAAGUCCAAUGCUUAGUAGACACAGAGAUCGACACAACUGGAGUGAAAGAGGACGUGCAAGCCUCACCAGUUCAUAUUCACCAGGCAGCUAUAAGAAGUUUCAAACAAACAGCGCUAUUCAUCAGAAGUUCCUCUCGCUGUCUCGAGAAGCGACCGUGCGACGACUGCCAGAUGGGGGCAAUUCGCGGAUAGGCAGCCAUGAAAGCAGCGGCGGACGUAGUGCAGAAUCCAGUCCUUACUUCACGCGCCGUCGACAUUCCAACUACUUCCCUCCAGAACGGUAUCAAAGUUGUAUGCACCUCGGAUCAUCCCUUUCAGAGAGCUUUGGGCCCUUGGAAAGAGCCGUGGACGGAGAAAGCGAGGCACCCAUAGGCGGCAGUGACCGCGAAGGCAACAUCAACCAUGGAAACAGCAACUUUGGUGCUCAUCCCAGCCCAGUGAAGCUCUCCCUCGCCUUACCCCUGCCGACUCCCCCCGCCUCGCCACGCAUGGAGUGGAAGGUAAAGAUAAGAAGCGACGGGACCCGCUACGUGGCCAAACGUCCCGUCCGAGACCGACUCCUGAAGGCUCGGGCAAUGAAGAUCCGCGAAGAGCGCAGCGGCAUGACGACGGACGAUGAUGCCGUGAGCGAAAUGAAGAUGGGCCGCUACUGGAGCAAGGAAGAACGUAAACAGCAGUUGCUGAAAGCCCGCGAGCAGCGGAGACGAAGGGAGUUUAUGAUGCAGAGUCGCUUAGAUUAUCUGCGAGAUCACGGCGUGGACGUGGGCAGAGAGAGCAAACUAGAAACGAGCCAGACAACAGGGUCGAUCAUGGAGCUCGGUAAGAAAAAGAGCUCAAAGAAACGCAACAGGCGCAUAUUGGACAACUGGAUUACCAUUCAAGAGCUGCUGUCACAUGGUUCUCGGUCACCGGAUGGGACGAAGGUGUAUAAUGCUCUUUUGUCUGUUACAACAGUCUGAAAUGUGAACCGAGGAGGAAAAACUGUAAUGUUGACUCUUGAAUACUUUUCAACCGACUCUUUGGUCUUCAUAUUUCUUAACAUAUCAAGAAACUAUUGAUCGCCUGCAGAACUCAUGGUAGUGUUUGUUUUGAUUUCUUUAUCAAUGUGUGUCACAGACUCAAAACAAGAUUACCAAUGUGUUCAGGUCUAUAAAAAUGAUAGCAUCCAUCUGCUCACAU